GCGGCCGGGACACCUGCUUGCUCACCGCCCGCCCCGGCACCUGGGCUCCUGCCGUGCUCUCGGCUCCGCGGAGCGGCACAAGUACCGGCCGGCCCCUCUCCGGCCUCGACGGGACCCAGCGUAGCGCCGCCGAGUCGUCACCGGGCGACAUGAGCGCCGCCGCGGCGACCGGGGCGCCCCUGCCCCGGCUCUGCUGCCUGGAGAAGGGCCCGAACGGCUACGGCUUCCACCUGCACGGGGAGAAGGGCAAGGUGGGCCAGUUCAUCCGGCUGGUGGAGCCCGGCUCGCCGGCCGAGAAGGCGGGGCUGCUGGCCGGGGACCGGCUGGUGGAGGUGAACGGCGAGAACGUGGAGAAGGAGACCCACCAGCAGGUAGUGAGCCGCAUCCGCGCCGCGCUCAACGCCGUGCGCCUGCUGGUGGUCGACCCCGAGGCGGACCAGCAGCUGCAGAAGCUGGGGGUCCAGGUGCGCGAGGAGCUGCUGCGUGCCCAGGAGGGGCCCGGGCCGGCCGAAGCGCCCGCCGCCGCCGAGGCGCAGGGGGCCGGCGGCGAGAGCCAGCCGCCCGAGCCCGAGAAGAGCCCCGCGGAGCGGCGUGAACUGCGGCCUCGGCUCUGUGCCAUGAAAAAGGGCGCCAACGGCUAUGGCUUCAACCUGCACAGCGACAAGUCCAAGCCUGGCCAGUUCAUCCGGGCAGUGGACCCAGACUCGCCCGCAGAGGCCUCGGGCCUCCGGGCCCAGGACCGCAUCGUGGAGGUGAACGGGGUCUGCAUGGAGGGCAAGCAACAUGGGGACGUGGUGUCGGCCAUCAAGGCCGGUGGGGACGAGACCAAGCUGCUGGUGGUGGACAGGGAAACUGACGAGUUCUUCAAGAGGUGCAAAGUGGUCCCAUCGCAGCAGCACCUGGAUGGUCCCCUGCCCGAGCCCUUCACCAACGGGGAGAUCCAGAAGGAGAACAGCCAGGAAGCCCUGACAGAAGCCGUGUCAGAGAGCCCCAGGACAGGCCCAGCAAGGUCCACUUCCAGUGACACCAGUGAGGAGUUGAAUUCCCAGGACAGCCCCAAGAAGCAGGACUCCACAGCGCCCUCCACAGCCGCCUCUGACCCCAUCCUGGACUUCAACAUCUCCCUGGCUGUGGCCAAGGAGAGGGCACACCGGAAACGCAACAGCAAGCAGGCCCCGCAGAUGGACUGGAGCAAGAAAAAUGAACUCUUCAGCAACCUCUGA